GCUCCCGCGGGGACUUUUAGACCCGAGACAAGGCGUGCUGCUGAUGAGGAUGAUGACUUUAUGCCAUCAUCCAAGAAGCGUAACUUGGACGACAGCCCUGGGAAAGUUUUGAAGAAGGUAGUCACUAAGCGGCGGAAAGCAGUGCCCCCACCCCGACAGAAGCUGAACGUCAGAUGCAACCCCCAAGAUGUGUUAGUAAGCAUACAGAUAUUAAAUGACAGACAGCAACAAGCAAUUGCACGUAGGGGAUUUUCUAGUAUUCUUGAUAUGAGACUGGAUGCACUCGGCAGCAGAUCACACUUAGCUUGGCUGAUGGAAAAGCUCGACCCCAAUGACAUGACAAUUCGAGCUGGCCCUGGAAAGGAGCUGAAAAUAACAAAGGAUACGGUGCACCUAAUUUUGGGUUUACCCAAUGCUGGGGGAGGAACUGCAUUGGGCAUCGAUGAAGCUGUUGUUGCCAACAAUUUGAGAGCUGAACUUGGGCUAUCGAAAGAAGAUUUUGGGGUUGUUGUUCCCUACUGCCAGCUGGGGAAUAACGAACCAUGA